UGAGACCAUUUUCCCCCAAUUUUCUCGGUUCCUUUCCUCAUUGGAAACCCUCGUAUAUCUAGGUUAGAGAAAGAAAGUUUGAAGUUUUAGCGCUGUUAAGUUUAUUAUUUUGAGGAUUACUAGGGUUCAUUGGAAGACAUGGCGAUAAGGUUUGAGGGCUAUAAUUUUACAAGAACACGAUCGCUUGGAAGGAAGAAGGUUGUUUCUGGCAAUGUAAAAGGUUCUCCUCUUGAUUCAGAAACUGAUAUGGCUCUAUUAAAGAGAGUGUGUAGUGGGAGGUUCAACUUCAACUCUGAAAGGUCUCUCCUUGAAGCCCUUCCUCUUGAUAUUCUGAUUAGGGUACUGUGUGGUGUGAACCAUGAGGAUUUGGAGCAGCUUUUGCAUGUCUCGAAAACGAUUAGUGAAGCAGCUGAAGUUGCAAAGAGGUUCCACUUUGAGUACAGUACUCCAAAGAAGAAAACUUUUGAUUCCUUUCAUACCUUUGAGUACAGUACUUGGUCUGGACCAAAAUCUGAUGAGAAGACAACGUAUUCCAUUGGUACAAGGCUAAAAGCAUUCUCUGAUUAG